AUUUCGAUAAACAUUGCAAAGGUCACUGGCAACACUGUGCCGUUCUUGUUGCGAUAAUCGACAGUCGUCGUUAAAGUUGUGAUUUCUCUGGAAAGGACAAAAAUAAAAAAUAACUUAGAAAUAUUAUCUAAAAAUUCGAUUUUGGCUUUUUAAGGACAAGUGAAGGAGUGUCGCCAACGUGUUCCGUGGGGAAGUGAACAAAAAAUCAGCUGUGCGUUUAGUGUCGUGCCAAGUUUUCUGCAAUAUUUUCAACAUUAUUGAAUAAAAGAUGGACACCGAUAACGAUAAUGAGCAACUGAAUUCGUCGGCGAGCAGCAGCAGCAACAGCAGUAGCAGCAAUUUGCUUGCCAAUUUGCCGAUGUUGCCAAUGCUACAAUCGUCAGAUAAUGAUGGCGACGCGGAGCUGGUGCAGCCGGAGCACCAGCUGUCGCAAGAACAUCAUGAGGAUCAUAUCGGCGCAGUUGGGCUGCCUCAACCACAACCACCGCCAUUGCCAUCGUUGCAAACGGCAUCUCAAUUGCCGGAUAAUUCAGUUUUCGUUUCACCCCUCUUAUUCAAUAACAAUACUACCCCACCUCCCUCAUCCUCCUCAUCAUCGUCGUCGCCAACAUCAUCGUCACACAAUCUCCAACUUUAUCAUCAUCAUCAGCAACAUGAACAAGAACAACCACACUCUGCCCAUACGCUUCAUUUUGACCAUUCUCCCUCUCCCUCCCUCCAGCAACACGCACUACUACCACCACCGCCAUCACCACCACUCGAACAACAGCAGCAGGAACUACAGGAAGCAAUAUCACCAUCGCAUUUUGGUGAAGAUCAACAGCAACAACAAUCUGUUGAACAACAAGAACUACAACAGCAGUGUCCAACGCACGAAUGUGCUUUCAACGACAGUACCACAAUUGCCGAUACGAUUGAUGCAUCUACAUUAGAAUCUGUCGCUGGUGAAGUUGUUGAACUUAGCGCUGAUAUUGCAACAACUAGUCAACACCAAGAACAACAGCAGCCGGGUUCACAAAACCAACCACAACAACAGGAAAGUUUGAGCGGUGCUCAACGCUCUACUCUGAGCGUAAUAGGUGAAGUUGCAGCUGGAAGCAGCGCAUCUAGCGAACGUAACCAAACACCUCCAACAUCACUGCCAUUGCUGCUGCAAGAGGAGGACGACGAAGACGAGGACGCAGACGACGAAUUGAACGUGGGCCUCGAACGAGUUAGAGCACCGAAGCCAUCUGCUGCACACUCUUACGCCCCGCACUUUACACACCAUCCAUUUACGCAUCCACUACCACUACACCACCAUCAUCAUUAUUACCCUAAUUUCGGUGGCUGUAGCAGUAACCCACCAUUUGUGUUUGACAUCCCCGCGCUAUCUGGUGGCGGCGGCAGCAUCAAUUUCGGCAGCUCUCUAAAUUCUAGUAACGGCGCAAAUACCAACGUACUCUUAACAGCAAAUAUGCUUGGGACCAGCAGCAACAGCGAUAACCCGUCCAGCGGCGGUGCGGCUGUGAAACAGGGCGCCACCACAAGUGGUGGCAGCGGCAGCAGCCAUCAUCAUCAUUCGCAUCAACAAGGAACAGACCGCCUAAAAAUGCUCUAUCCAAAUGUGAACGAAUCUGAAACUCCACUGCCACGCUGCUGGAGUCCACACGAAAAAUGUCUAUCGAUUGGACUUUCGUUGAAUAAUCUACGUGUACACUACAAAGGCGUAGGUAACAAACACAAUGACGCCGCCUCUGUGCGCACAGCUCACCCAAUUCCAGCCGCCUGUGGUCUUUACUAUUUUGAAGUGAAAAUUAUAUCGAAAGGCAAGAACGGUUACAUGGGUAUCGGUUUGACAGCUCAACAAUUUCGCAUGAACCGUUUACCAGGGUGGGACAAGCAAUCAUAUGGAUAUCACGGAGACGAUGGCAAUUCUUUUUCUUCGUCUGGCAAUGGUCAGUCGUACGGACCGACCUUCACAACCGGCGACAUAAUCGGUUGUUGUGUCAACUUUGUGGAUAAUACAUGUUUUUAUACAAAAAAUGGCAUCGAUUUGGGUGUCGCAUUCAGAGAUUUACCUAGUAAACUUUAUCCAACGGUUGGCCUACAGACGCCUGGUGAAGAGGUUGACGCUAACUUUGGACAGGAGCCAUUCAAAUUCGAUCAAAUCGAGGACAUGAUGAAGCAAAUGCGCGCUGAAACGAGAACCACCAUUUAUGAUUUUCCCAUGGCACCUGAUCAGGGCGAUCCCACGACUCUUCUUCAUAAAAUGGUAUCAUCCUAUCUCUUACAUAAUGGAUAUAGUCAGACUGCAGAAGCAUUCGCCAGAACUACUGGGCAAUCGUUGCAAGAAGAUAUGACAUCUAUUCGAAAUCGUCAGAAAAUAUUGAAACUGGUAAUGUCUGGCAAAAUGGGUCAAGCCAUCGAGCACACGAUGCGCUCCUAUCCGGGACUAUUGGAGAAUAACAAAAAUCUUUGGUUCAUGCUAAAAUGUAGACAAUUCAUAGAAAUGGUGAAUGGGACCGAUAUCGAGUACUGCCCCACUAAUAAUAAAUUAACAAAUUCGAUCACAACACAAACGCAGACAACGCCCCCGAAUCAAACAUCGGUCAUACAGUCAACCAAAUCGUAUCGGAAUGGUAAGAGCACAGUAACACAUAAUAAUGCACAGAUUAUGGGGACAACUACAAAUAUAGCUGUGAUAAACGUCGAUAAUCAUGCGCAUCAACAGGAUAUGAAAAACGCAUCUGCUUCGGAUGAGAACUGCUCUGAUGAUGCGAUUUCAAUUAGUAAUAAGAACAACACCAGCAAUAUUGAUUAUCUGAAUGAUGUUGAAAUGGAGACAAAUACACAUACAAACGGCAACUCGUGCAAAAACGGCAUUUCACAUUUAAUUACUUCUUUAGACAUAGAUGAGGAAAUGGCAGAUAUCGAUGUAUCACCCUCCACUCAUAAAUACAGUCACGGCAUAGAAAGAAUAUUGGAAUUCGGCAAAGAGCUUUCACAAAUGGGGCAGCAAUUGGAAAAGGAAAACAAAAUGAACGAUGAGGAUCGCCAAAUGUUGGAAGAUGCAUUUAGUUUAAUCGCCUAUUCAAAUCCCUGGUCCAGUCCCUUAGGUUGGCAACUUUGUCCCACGAAACGAGAAAUGGUUUGCACAGCACUCAAUUCCGCCAUUUUAGAAUCGAUGAACUAUGCGCGUCGCCCCCCGCUUGAUGUGUGCGUAGCGCACGCUUCCGAAUUACUUAAGGUGAUGGCUCAGGCAUCGCUUGGUGCGUGCGCGUUCGUAAAUAUCGAAGAUGUCUUUCCACAAAAUUGACCCACUCUGCGCUUGAAGAUGUUCGAAACAUCGUAGCUAUCGUCAACGUCGCCGUGGUGGUUGCGUUUCAACCCAAUCGCUAGCAUGUGCUCCGAUUGUGCUCUUUAUUGCACUCAUUUAGAUUUUUUCUAAUUAUCGCAUUAAAACAAAAAAAAAAAAAAAUUAAUCAAUUAUAUCAACUAUCUUGUUUCCCUAUAAAUUCAAACAAUCAACGAUAAUUAUUCAAUUUUGUUUUCUAACACCAAGCCCACGUAUUAUGCAUGAAGUUUACUGUGGCGGAAGUAGUCAUAUUCGCGAAUACCCUAUUUUACGAGCCGCUUAAAAAAUCAUAAAAACACGUCAAAACGGUUUGUCGGAAAAUAUUGAAAUUUUAGGUGUUACCUUAGUUCUUAGUUCUUUUUUAACUUUCCACACACACACACACACAUAUUGCCUUCAAAUUUUAGCCAAACGUUCUUCUUUUAAUACAUUUAACAAUCACCGAUUAAGUAAACACAAAAUAAUUAAAAAUAAAUUACUGUGCUUGAAUUUGUAUACAUCCGCACCCUUCGUGAAAAAAAAACACGUUUACGCGACGAACUAUUGUACGACUCACGUCUAACAGCUAAGCGGUAGAAGACAUUUAAGCAGAUUUUUUCGCUCUAUUCAAAACUCUUUAAUGUUAGUUAUAAUUACCGAUUAGUGUUAUAAGUUAAGCGAAUAGCGUUUUUUGUUUUCGGAUAUUAUGCUUCCAAUCCUCAAUUGAGCAUCUAAAGUUUUAUUCUUUAAUAUUAAAUGAUUUUCUUCGAAACGGAUGCAGAAAGAAUUCAACUUAUCUCAAUAUAAAUUAAUAAAUAUAUAUAUAUACAUAAACAUCGA